CUAAUUUUCUGCCGCCGUCAAUGUUGUUAGCCAGAGCUUAGAGAGCCAUGAUGUGGGGGUGGGGAAGAGGGCUCCAUCACUGGUGUUAGUAGCACUGGAGCUACUGUCUUCAUUAAAGCCACAUUCGUUUGUGGAGCAUUUGUGAGAGAGAAGUGUGCUUCAACAAGAUGACGACGUGCUGUGGAUCAGUUGAGCCAAGACUCUGAGGCUGAUAUGCAAUGUCACUUACAACAUUAAUCAGAUACCGCAUUUAAGGUAGGAGGCAAAGUGGACUCUAUUUUUAACUCAUAGGCACUACAUCAUGUGCAAGCAAUAGAUUUGUGUUUUCAGUGCUGGGAUCUGUGGUUUGAUUUUCAGCAAAUGUGACAGUGGCCUUUGCAGUGGUCAGCUCUGAGCUUUGAACUCUCAAAGGAGCAAGGGAGAAAAAAACAAAAUGAACACACCACCUCCUUGGUUGCAGCCUCAGAGAAUCCUUGGAUAAGAAACUUCUUUUUUCAGCCCUGUUUUGCUGUUGAUAAAUCCAGUCCUCGUGAUCACGUGCAUUCAAGCUGUUCUGCGUAUGAUUUUUGGUGUGCGUGGCAAUCGAAUCUAAAAACUUGUGAGCAAGAAGACGGAGAAAUCAGUUGGUCUCCAUCGCCUCACAUAAAAAUGGCCGAGUGUCUUUUAUGCUAACACUGCUCUGAGUGAUGCGUACAGAUCUUGAUGUGGAGAAGAUGGAGGACUCAGAGCCAAGGAUCUCCAAGUGAUUUCUGCCAAGGCACAGAAACUAACUCUGUCAAGGCUGGUGUGUUCUAACUGAGAUGACAGUCAUGUCCCUCUCCAGGGACCUCAAGGAUGACUUUCACAGUGACACGGUGCUCUCCAUCUUAAAUGAGCAGCGGAUUCGGGGCAUUUUAUGUGAUGUCACCAUCAUUGUGGAAGACACCAAGUUUAAAGCUCACAGCAAUGUCUUGGCUGCCUCAAGCCUUUAUUUCAAAAAUAUAUUUUGGAGCCAUACAAUCUGUAUUUCUAGUCACGUCCUGGAGCUGGAUGAUCUGAAAGCUGAAGUGUUUACAGAAAUACUUAAUUAUAUCUACAGCUCCACUGUUGUGGUCAAGAGGCAGGAAACUGUCACUGAUCUUGCAGCUGCAGGGAAAAAGCUGGGAAUAUCAUUCUUGGAAGACCUUAGUGACCGCAGCUUCUCAAAUUCCCCAGGUCCCUAUGUAGUCUGCAUUACUGAAAAGGGCGUGGUUAAAGAGGAAAAAAAUGAGAAAAGGCAGGAAGAACCAACCGUUACUAAUGGGCCAAGGAUCACAAAUGCAUUUUCCAUCAUUGAAACGGAAAAUAGUAAUAACAUGUUUUCUCCACUGGACUUGAGGGCAAGCUUCAAAAAAGUGUCUGAUUCGAUGAGAACAGCCAGCCUCUGCCAGGAGAGGACCAAUGUCUGCCACGAGGCAGAGCCUGUCCGCACACUUGCUGAACACUCAUAUGCCGUUUCUUCCAUCACCGAGGCUUACAGGAGUCAGCCUGUACGGGAACCUGACAGUAGUUUAUCUGGUAAAACAGGAAAAGAAGAUGGCGAAGCUCCUGCAACAAAAGUAAAGCCAUGCCGAAAGCCAAAGACCCAACCCCAGGAUUCUGACUCAACCCCAGAAAAGACACCACUGCUUCCAGUAACCAGCCCAGAGGUUAGUCAAGAAAGAAGUCCACAGCCAGCUCCGACUCUGUCACACUCAAAAGCUCCCAGCAAGGAAGGAGAUGUCCAUUUUCCCAGAGAAGAGGAAAACCAACCCUCUGAUAUUCCUGGCCCAACAGCAGCAGAGGCCCCGCCCCUUGUCUAUAAUUGCAGCUGUUGUUCCAAAUCCUUUGACAGCAGCACGCUGCUCAGUGCCCACAUGCAGCUACACAAGCCAACCCAGGAGCCUUUAGUGUGCAAAUACUGCAACAAGCAGUUCACCACCCUCAACAGGUUAGAUCGGCACGAGCACAUCUGUAUGAGGUCAAGUCACGUGCCCAUCCCAGGAGGAAACCAACAGUUUUUAGAAAACUAUCCCACUAUUGGACAAAAUGGAAGUACAUUUACAAGUCCAGAAUCCUUAGUACCAGAAAAUAGGAUUGGUGAACUUUCCAGCGCUGGGAGUACCUUGCCAGACACAGACCACAUAGUGAAAUUUGUGAACGGGCAGAUGCUCUACAGUUGCAUUGUGUGUAAACGUAGUUAUGUGACUUUAUCCAGUCUCCGAAGGCAUGCAAACGUUCACUCGUGGAGAAGAACAUACCCUUGCCAUUACUGCAACAAGGUCUUUGCACUGGCCGAGUACAGGACACGACAUGAGAUCUGGCAUACUGGAGAGAGACGGUACCAAUGCAUAUUUUGUCUUGAAACGUUUAUGACCUACUACAUACUGAAAAACCAUCAGAAGUCUUUUCAUGCCAUAGAUCACAGACUCUCCAUCAAUAAAAAAACUUCAAAUGGAGGCUUAAAGCCUACUGUCUAUCCAUACAAACUGUACAGGCUCUUGCCUAUGAGGUGCAAGAGAGCACCUUAUAAGAGCUUCCGGAAUACUUCCUAUGAAAGUUCUCGAGAAAAUGGUCAAAGGAGUGAGUCUACACCAGAUACGUUUGUUGUUCCAAAUUCACUGAGCUCUGAAAUGCCCACAUUGAACUUCCAAGAUGGCAGAAACACCUUGACCAGCCACCCUGCCAUCCCAUUGGAAACACCCUCACAUCAGGGCACACCCACUUCUGCCAAAGUAAAAAAUGCAGAAGGCAUCAAAUGGAAAAAGGAGAAACUGAAAACUGAUCUCAUCAACAACUUUGAUUCAACUGAGGUGCCAGUGUCUUCCGCAGUCAGUGCCAACCUCCAGGCAGAGCCCACGCAUGGCGCACCUGUGGGUGGAGGCGGUGAGCAGUCAGCCUCUGUGAUCAGCUUCGGUGGCACAGUGCCGUCCGUCAUUGUGCAUAGCAGCCAGUUUUCAUCAGUGAUUAAGCACAGCAAUACAGUUGCUGCCCUGGCCAGCAGCAAUGACAAGGCCCCUUCACAACCAGUCCUCAGUCCAUCCCUGAAAGAGGAUAGCAACCCUGAGGCAGAUAAAGCCAGUAAACUUGGAAGCAGACCCAGAAGCAUUAAGGAGAAAAAGAAAGCUAUUCCGUGUAACAAGGGAGAAAUAACAGAGGAGGCGAAACACAUUGCUGACCAUGGAGAGGCUCUGGACAAAACCACAAAUGCUGUUGAAGGAACCAGUAAAACUGAAACUUACAUUGCAAAACCUGCUCUGCCUGGCACCUCCACAAAUAGCAGUGUGGCGCCCCUUUGCCAGAUAACAGUGAAAAUUGGGAAUGAAGCCAUUGUGAAAAGGCAUAUCCUUGGGUCGAAGCUGUUUUACAAAAGAGGGAGGAAACCCAAGUAUCAAAUGCAGGAGGAGACAUUGCCUCGGGAGAGUGACCCAGAAACCCAUGGGGACAGCCCCCUUGGGCUUUGCCAGGCUGAAUGUGUAGAGAUGAGUGAAGCAUUUGAUGAGGCGAGUGACCAGGAUUCCACUGAUAAGCCGUGGCGCCCAUACUACAACUAUAAGCCCAAGAAGAAAUCCAAACAGUUGAGAAAAAUGAGAAAAGUCAAGUGGCGGAAGGAGCUCGGGGGCCGAAGCCCCGGCGGUAGGUGCAGAUACCCAGCGGAACUGGAUCGUGCAGAGGUGAAGCCACCUCCAGAGAAGACUCUUGAAGAAGAAGAAAAUAAAGAGAUGCCCAAGCUACAGUGUCAGCUCUGUGAUGGUGACAGAGCAGCGGGGAUGGAAGCCGAAGGCAAGCCCCACCAACAUCUCACGUUGAAGCCUUACAUCUGCGAGCUAUGCGAAAAGCAGUUCCAGAGCCCCUCCACGCUCAAGAUGCACAUGAGAUGUCAUACUGGAGAGAAGCCAUACCAGUGCAAGACCUGUGGGCGGUGCUUCUCAGUGCAAGGGAACUUACAGAAACACGAGCGCAUCCACCUGGGUGUGAAGGAGUUCAUCUGUCAGUAUUGUAACAAGGCAUUCACAUUGAACGAGUCUCUCAAAAUCCAUGAAAGAAUCCACACGGGGGAAAAACGUUACCACUGUGAGUUCUGCUUUCAGGGUUUUUUGUAUCUUUCCACAAAAAGGAAUCAUGAGCGGAGGCAUGUUCGGGAGCAUGAUGGGAAAGGCUUUGCUUGCUUCCAGUGCCCCAAAAUAUGCAAAACAGCUGCUGCCCUCAGAAUGCACCAAAAGAAACAUUUAUUCAAGACCUUAACUAAGCAGGAAAAAACAGAUGAAAAUUCCGAUCUCUUGGAGAGUCAACUUUGCACUGAUUCAGAAGACAGUGACCAAAAGGAUGAUAUACAAACCUUUGCUAAUAGUGUCCAGUGACAACAGUUAGAAAAGUCUUCAAAAAGUUGUUUGUGAGUUUUGGGGGUUUUUUUUUUAAGCUUUUUUUUUAAAGUUUAGUUUUGUUCACUUAAUAGUCACAAAGGAGUGGGGGCAAGUUAAUUCUUAUUUGUGUAAACUCAAAAAAAGAAAAAAGAAAAAAAAAAAAGAAAGAAAGAAAAGAAGAAAGAAAAAAAAAAAAAAAAGGAUCCUAACACCUACUUUGGGUUUUAUCAUUCACUUCACACAGAGUGCAUAUAAACAAAAUAGCUGAAUUCUCUAAGGACCCAAGUAUUUUGUGACGGCUCAUAAAGUUCUUAGCUGUGGUAUUUUGAACAGUGAGAAAAAGCAGCUGAGUUUUAGCCUAAUUUAAAACUUUCUGGUGAGCGCUAAUGAGGACUGCUGAACUGAUAUUAGUCACUGGAGAAAGUAAGGGUCAGAAUCGUGAAAAUGGCAUCUCUGAGAUGUGCUAAAUGUUAAAUGAGCUAUGACAGUAUUUAUUCCCAUCCAGUUUCUGCACUAUUAACCUUUGUUUAAACUAAUGGGUAUUUACAAAAUACUUAACAAUAUAACUGAAAACAUGUAAUGGGUAGCCUAAAGUAGGACAUUCAUACAUCAUCUUUUCUGCAACAUAAACCUUGUAAAAUACAUAUAUGAAUCACUAUAGCUUUUAACUGUCCAUGUCCCUCUUAGAGAAUAAUGAGCAAUAGGCCUGCAGUUAAUGAGGACUGGUGUGGAAAUCAGUAGAGCGUUUGGAAUCUGACCAAUGAACUUGCGUGUGCUUUUCAAUGGAAUACUGUGCUGUUCUCUUAAAGUAUGGCUGGGCUGUUCCUAGAACUGGUCUACUCACGUCACACAAAACCUAAGUCAUGCCUUACCUAAAGGGAGAGCCUUCCCACAACUUACCUGAGAUUACCUACGUCGUAUAAUCCUUUGCAAUGGCCUCGCCUCAGAGAAUGAAGAAUGGCGGAAUUCUUCUGAACUCUCUGCAGUCUUCCAGUCAUCCCAAGGCCAUGGAUGUUGGGGGCUAUUCCACACAGACUUAAGGAGUCAAAUAAUCCUGAUGUCUCCCAUUCUACUGAAGAAUUAUGCAAGAGGUUGAGUACAAGACAUACCUCUGUGGUAACGAAGUUACAGACACUUGGAAACAGCAGAAAGCCUAACUCAAGUGUACACCUUCUUGGAGAUAAUGCAGCCCACAGGUACAUUCUAGCUAAAAGGACAACAGAAACCUCACCCCCACCCACUGAUGACACAAGGGAAGUGAUGACCUUCCUUUCCUCAAACAGCAGCGUUGUUUUUGAGGGAUCGGGAGAUAGGAUGUGGAGGGACAGGGUUCUGCCCUUACUAACAUGACUUUGAAGCUCUGUCUUUACAUUUGCAGACAUCUAGCUCCCUCCGUAAAGUCUCACACUUCUAAGUCGUUUUUUAUAUUGAUGCAAACUGUCAGCAUCGCCCUCAGAAGUCUAUUUGCCCUUCAGGAUAUCCUUUCAUGUGAACUAGGACCCUGGCGAGCUGAAACUCAUGAGUCUUACUGUUAAAACUGCCAGGAUAAGAGGGAGAGUGAGCACAUCCCUGCCCUUCCUUCAGUCACCAGUGUGAGCAAACCAGAUCAGUUUGAGAGUGGUCAGCGGCCAUUCCUGUUCACUGGAUUUGGUAGAUGGAAAUCCAAGGCUGAAAAGUUGUCAUUAUGAAGAAGUAGUUCAGAGGACUCCAGUUGGUUGCAACAAGUGGUAUUUCCAUGAAGACUUAGUGUGGUCUGGGGUAGGCAAGAAGACAUUUAAACACCCAGGAAAAAGGACAUGAUUCAAGGUGACCUUUUUGUACUGUAGUUGUUAAGCAACUCCAAUAUUGUAUCUUAUCUGCAUUUAUCAUUUAUUCAUCUACUUUCACCUACAUACAGUAUUAUAUACUAGAGGAAAAUGGGGAAAUACAAGCAAAUUCAUCUUUAUUUUGUUCGUUGUAUAUAUGUACACCCACACCAUUCACGUGUGUUUUGUUAAGGAGGUAGUCACAAAGGGCUUACAAAAAUCACUUUUGAAUUAAUAAUUAGAUGACAAGCAAUCCUGUGAUCCACUAAUUUGUUUUAUCUCAGUUAUGAUUAUAAAGCAAUCAGUUAUGUAUUUAAGUUGUUUUGAUUUAACUAAAAUUAUAAAAUUAUAUGUACCGAUGUCUCCCAGCGUUAUAUGUGGAUAUUUUUUAAGUGGACUUGUAUGCUGAUUAUUCUAGACCAAAGUAAAUAUGGCAGAAUAUUUAUACAUAAAAAUAAUUUUGCAAAUAUUUUCUAUAAUUGUAUUAUUCAUUUAAAAUGUUGAUAGCUUGUGUUAGUUUCAGGGAUGGGUGUAUAUUUUGAUAAAAUACUUGACUUUGUAAUUCUGUAUAUUCUAUACAAUUUAUAGCAGAGCCAUUUUAAGACAACUGGUUACAUUUUUUUGUUGUUGUUGUUGAUUGUGAAAAUGUUAUGAGUGGUGUUUAAGUAUGCAUCGAGUACAUAACAACCAAGUAGAAUUAAAGUGUCAACAGUGAACAUACUGUAUGCUGUACAAGAUAUAUUGUAAUUUGCUGUUUUAGCAUCUGUAUUUUGGUUAGAAGAUAUUAUUAAAUGCAGAUGUUAAGGAUUGGAAAGGUUUAAUUUUAUUUUUAGAAAUAAUAAAUAUAAAUUUGUUUUGCUUGAUUAAAAUAGCUUAUUCCUACAUUAA